UCUGCCAUUUGUGCUUCAUGAUGGAAUUUUGCGAAAGAUUUUAGGGGGAAAACAAACUCGUAUUUGUUGGUUUAGUUUUCCAUUAUUGCUAUUCUUCCAAAAUUAUUUUAACACUGGUACCGCUGGCCAAUAAUGGCGGCGAUUACAGUGUCGCCAGGACCAUCAGGAUCAGGUACUCCUGACAGUGGAAAAGGUGCUCGGAAGAGAAAACCAGGAAGAGACUCUGAUGACGAGGACAGCCAGACUGGAUCAUUCGGAGGUGGUGGAGAACAUGGUGACAAAGAAAGGUUUGCUAGGGAGAGCCACUGUGAGAUUGAACGUCGCCGUAGAAACAAGAUGGCGCAUUACAUCAACGAACUGUGUGACAUGGUGCCUACGUGUAGCCAUCUGUCACGCAAACCGGACAAGCUGACCAUUCUGCGUAUGGCUAUUUCUUACAUGGAGAAACUGCGAGGUACCGGUAACACUUCGAGCGAUGGGUCCUACAAGCCUUCAUUCCUUACAGACCAGGAGUUAAAGCAUCUCAUUCUGGAGGCGGCAGAUGGUUUUUUAUUCGUGGUACAGUGUGACACUGGACGCAUUAUUUAUGUCUCAGACUCGGUCACUCCAGUACUAAAUCAGUCACAGUCUGACUGGUUUGGAAACAUUCUGUAUGAGCUCGUUCACCCGGAUGAUGUGGAGAAGGUUCGCGAGCAGCUGUCCACCACCGAGUCUCAGAACACCGGCCGCAUCCUUGACCUCAAGACUGGAACUGUGAAGAAAGAAGGACAUCAGUCCUCUAUUCGCCUUUGCAUGGGAUCUCGCCGUGGCUUCAUAUGUCGGAUGCGCAUGGGGACGGUUCAGAUUGACCCGAUGACUGCCAACCACAGCGUGAGGAUACGACAGCGGAAUCCGCUUGGCCCGUCCAACGAUGGCAACCACUACUCCGUGGUACACGUGACGGGCUACAUCAAGAAUUGGCCACCAUCGGGUAAAUGUGUUCCUGUUGAGCGAAGUGAGACGGAUGAGCACGGAGGAAGUCAUUGUUGUCUGGUUGCUAUUGGCAGACUGCAGGUGACGAGCACACCAAACUGUAGUGACAUGAUGGGACCUAAUGCACCAACCGAGUUUAUCUCUCGCCACUGUGUGGAUGGCAAGUUUACGUUUGUUGAUCAGAGGGUUACCUCUGUGCUGGGAUAUCAGCCUCAAGACUUGCUGGGCAAGUCUGCAUUUGAUUUCUACCACCCAGAAGAUCAGACUCACAUGAAGGAAACCUUUGACCAGGUUUUGAAAUUAAAAGGUCAGGUGAUGUCUAUCAUGUAUCGUUUCCGGGCGUCUAACCGAGAAUGGGUAUGGCUUCGAACCAGCAGCUUCAGCUUCCAGAACCCGUACACGGAUGAUGUGGAAUACAUUGUGUGCACCAACUCCUCAGCAAAGGGAUCACAGCAGGUUUCUUCCUCGGCGAUGCCGUCGGUUGACCAGUCCGCGGACUCGUCAUCGGUCAUCAACUCGUUCCCAGCCGCGAGACCCAUACACCAGGAACACAUGGUUAUUGGCGGCGCAAGCAAGUCCGAGUACCGCGACGGAGCCUACCACACGCAGGACAUGUACCGGUCGGUACAGCCCGAGGUGUUCGGCUCGUACCCGCAGUCGGGCAGUGUCAAGUACCCGAGUCUUUCCAGUCAGAACACGAUGGGCAUGACCCCACCAUCGGUCAACUCGAUGAGACGCAGCCCUUCACAGACGACCAGCGGGUGGACGGCACAGGGCUACCCAAGAACCGAGGGUGGUAAUGAAUACGGUGCAUCUUCAGGAGCCCAGACAUUCAGUCAGAUCAGCCCUAAUAACGCAUCGCCAGGGAACCCUGGACUCUGGGGCCAGUGGCAGGCGUCAAGCGAUACCACAGCAUCGCAGCCGGGCGGAGUCAUCCAACACCAGGUUCAACAGCAGCAGCAGCAACAGCAGCAGCAGCAGCAACAACAGCCAGAAGAGUUCGGAGAUAUGUUUAGGAUGCUGGGACAACCCGAAUCUUCGGAAUUCAGCGACCUCUCGAUGUUUAAUACUUUCCCAGACUGAAGGAAGAAGAAAAGAGUCAACCAUUUUUAAAAAAAAUAAUUUACAAGUCAUUUUGUAUUAUAUCUGUCUGUUAAUAAAAACUAUUGGGGGUAGGCAUGAAUUUUUUUGAGUCUCAAGAUAAUAGCACUUCAGUGGUUUUUGUUUUCAACAUUUGUCUCGUCAUUUUGUUUUUAAAGCACUGAUUAAUUCGGACACAUGUCAUGUAGAACAUUUGAAUGAUUUUCAGACAGCAUAAUACAUUAUCAUUACCAGGCAUUGAAUUUUGGGAUUUUGCCUAAAUUGUAAAAAUUAUAAAUCUAGAUAUUGUGUGAUUCCAUCCGAUGAUCUUUUACUUUCAACCCAAAAUAGAACUUUAGGAAAGUAUGGAAUCCAGAAAAAUUUGCAGCCUGGUUACAUUUCUUUAAUUACUGUAAUAAAUGGCAUUAAAAUAAAAGGAAAAAUUAAUUGUCGUAAUAUAUAAAUUAAGUUUUUGUUUUGCAAAUGACAAAUGUCAUUAUAUCACUGCAAAUCAAAGUUAUUUUGUAAUUUUUCAACAAGUCGGCUGCCACCUUAAUGUUACUUGAACAAAAAUACCAAAGACAAAUUUUGGGCCUUAUAUUUUAUAGUUUGGCCUGUGUUCAUAGUAGUUUUAUAAACCAGUGGUUAAAUGUUUGUAUGAUUUACACAGGACAAUGUGUCAUGUUAAUAGAAUUCACCAAUUAAUUGGUCAAGUCUAGAAAGUGUGUUCUUUCACAUUGAAUUGUUUUAUUAAUUUAUACUAGAAGGUACCGGGAUAAAAAAAUAACAAAAAUACAAAACCAAAACCCACCUAACCAUGCACAGCAAAGUUUUGUUUUUGUUUUUAUAUAUUAUUAUUAAUUUUCCAUUUUCCCUCUAUCACUCUGAGAAUAAAAAGUAGAGUAACUUUGCAUUGUUUAAUAUGUUCAAGAAGUGUUUCUCAUGUGAUACAUAGGAAAGGUUAUGAAUGACUAUCCAUGUAACAGGUAUAAAUAUUAAUAUUAUGCAUUCCUGUUUUGUUAAUUGUUUGUAUUUUUAUGCAUGCUAUAAAUGUUUUACUAUUGUUCAAGAACAGAAAGCCAACCAUCUUGAGCAGUUAGAGUUGAUAGUCACACUAAAUGUUAAUUUUGGAUUCAGAUUAUUGGUCGAAUUUACAAAGCUUGUUUUUGACUUGCACGCAUUUAACUUUAUGUAUUUACAGUGCUUAAACACCUGUGUUUAGGCAAAACAGGCUUUGUAAAUUUGGCUCUUUGUUUGUUUUUAAAAUAGGUGGCCCUGUUUCAUCAGUUUUUAAUAGUUCAUAUGCUAUUGAAUUGUUACAUUUUGUUGUUUUAGUUUUAUCUUAGUUUAAAUAAUUUGUCAUUUGUUGAUAUUUGUAAGUAUCCCUUUUAGCUGUUAAGUGCCAUAUUAUUUUAAAGAUUGGAUCAUGUUUUUCUUUUUUCACUCAUUAUUUAACAAUAUUUUUGUUUUUAAUUAAAGUGCUUAACCAUUUCUAAUAGCUGAAAGAAGAUGGGUGAAAUUAUAUUUUCAGAUUCGACGUGCUUUUCAGGGAUUUCGGAAUUUGGUCGUGUGACAAUGUGGCACAUAUUUGGGUACCUGAUUGUUGGAAAUGGUAUCCGCAUGAAGCAUUUGAUGUAUUUCUGUAUGCUGUUGUCUAUUUAUUAUAUUUUAAUGUCACAUGAUAGUUCGACUACAUUUUAAUAUCCCAAAAUAUGCAGGCUAUCACAAGUACAAUUUAAACUGUCGCUCACCAAAUGCAAAUAAAUUUGGAGAGAUUUGUCAAAUAUAUUUCAUUACAAAGUUGGUAAAAAGAUAAUAAAAAAAUUAUCUGUUUGUUUGGCAUAUUUGUUUUUAGCAAAUUCACCAAGUUGCUAAUAUUUUUGGGCUUCACCCUAAACCCUGUAUAAGCUUAUUGACAUUUUGACUCUCUUUAACUCUAGACGUUGAAGUCUCCAGUCGGUGCAUUAUCUUUGAGCCAAUGUUUUUGGACACCGUACACUUAUGAUGACAGGUUUUUCAAAUAAUCUAAGCAAUAAUAUCAUUUUUCCUCAUUUGUGUCUUUUUUGUUUUACAGAUGAGAUCACAUAUUCCAUGAAAGAGAACACAAUCUUUAUAAAUUUAUUCCUUAUUCCAAAGUACCAAAGAUUGUAUUUAAAAAGCAAAUCAUCCAUUUUGACCAUAACAUUUUAGGAGAUACCAUUUUGGGGUUGGUGUUAACAUCUUUAUUAUACGCUAGGCUUAGAGUUGGGUAGGCACUUAAAUAUUAAAACAUUGAUGCGUUGCAUCUAUUUAUCUUCAUGAUUAUUUCCAAAUACGGUAUACUUUGAUUACAAGGAAUAUAGUUUGUAAACAAAAGUACGAUCUCCGAAACAGUUUUAUUUAUGGUUUGAUAUGUAUUUCAUACAUCUGUUGGGGUGAGUCAAAGGAAUGAACAUAUGAAUUUUUUUUAUCAAAUUGUUUUAUCAUUAAUCAGAUGAUUUGUAUGUUAUUUCUUAAGAAAACCUUAUAUUCAUUUUACAAGCGCACAAACUUGGUAACUGUUAAAAGCUACUUUUGUAUACUGGUAUUUGUAUUUGAAAACAAAAUUAAAUUUAAAAUCAAUGAUUCAUAAAUGUGUCAAAUCAUGGUAGUCCACCAGUAAUUAAUGAAAUAAAAAUAUGUUUAGCACUCCUGUACAACCACAGUGUUAACUCCUUUUUUAUUAUGGCACAAAUUAUGUUUCUGAAAUUAUUAUAAAAUUUGUAUGGGGAAAAACAAAAAUAAAGAGUUUUCUCCCUUUAUGUAUUUGAGACUUGUGCAGAAUUAGAAAUAAGGAGGCUUAAAUUAUUUUGUUAUUUUUGGUUACAAGUCAGAUCUGUCUGUUCUGUAGAAACACUAAAUGUACAGUAGAAUUGUUAUAUUUAAUUGCACAGAUAUUUAGUCAACAGCAGGGUUUGAUGAGAAUUUGAAAUGUUCAGCAUUUAAAAUAGUGGCUUUUUGCAAAAUUUAUUGUUUUGGGGCACAACUCCAAAAUACUUUUAGUAAAAUGUGUGUACAUGAAUAUGAGUAUACAGCAUUUAUUUUAAGUCUCUUUAAAACCUUUUCUGAAUCGACCUGAAUGGCAAAUUGCAACACGUAAAAAAGAAAAAGUGUUGGGUUUAUUGUGGAAGGUUCUGGAAGAUGUAGAGACAAUAUCUUGUUGUUAGGCUGACAGUACAGCUGCUACACUGUGAGACAGUUUGUACUCUUUUGGAAUUGUUGUAGUUAGUUUUUGAGUAUUACCUAAUGGUAGCAGUUUUUCUAUAAUGUAAAGGUAAGUCCGUUUAGUCUCAGAGGCAUAUGGGUUAAGUAGUUGGUGCAUACAACACAAAGAUUAUACUUUUUGAUGCUACACUGUGCGUGUUAUAAGUUGAUCAACAUUUCAUUUUUUAAGCAAGACAACACAGAUGGUUAACAAUUUCAGUAUAAGAGGGUUUAAGCAAGACAAUGCUGCUUCAGUCAUUUUCUUCUUUUUCUCUUUCUUUUUAUUUUUAAAUGGUAUAGCCAGAUUCAAAUUCUCUUUCACAAACAAAAUUCCACACAUAAGGUAAAAUAAAACUUGUUGAUCUUCGAAUUAGCUUUUUUUUGGUUCUUUUUUCUUUUUAAAAUGACUUGGCCAGAUUCAAAUUCUCUUUGACAAACAAUUCCACACAAAAGUAAAAUAAAACUCGCUGAUAUUUUAAAUUGGCAUUUGUUAAUAAAUUUAUUAUUAUUUGCAAAGUUUAAUUUAUGUCUGUAAAAUGAAGGCUUGAAGCCUGUACAAGACGAAACACGUGUACAUUGCAUGUGUUUUUUUUUGUGUGUUUUUUUCAAAUUAAUUUAUUUCUGUGAUCAUGUAAAUAUUAAUUAAUGUGGUGAAGGCAUUGUUCAGAUAUUUUAUUAGCAUCACAAUCAUAUGUAUUAUAUGUAUCAUGUAGAUGGUUUCAAUUUACAUUAAUGGAGUCCUUUGAUAUUUGUAUAUAUUUAUAAAUGAUAAUUCAUAAUAUCUAAGUGCUACUGUAUCAUGUGAGUUUAAAAUAUCUGUGUUCUGAACAGCUUUACUCCAUUCAUCGUGAGAUAAUUAAAUUUGAGCCAUCUAGUUGGCCAAGGAAUAGCAAUGGGGCUUUAUUUGUUUCUUAAGAAAAGUGAGACUGUACACCUAUCAUAACCAUGGGAAUCUCCUUUCAGUAUAUGUGAAAGUGUGGCAACGUGUUAAUUUUAAGAUUUAAAACAAUUCUAAACUCAAAGACAUAGUAUGCAAAAUAAUAUAAACAUAAAAAUAAUAAAUUGCAUAAAAAGCAUUGCUAAAUGCUUGGUAGUAUUAAGCAACUAAUCAAUCAAAAUAAGCACUUGACUUGUGCUUACAUCCAGUGUUCCACUGAAGGUUCAAGCAUCAUCCGAGAUUCCCAGGUGGAUUUGUCCAAGACCAGGAUUAAUUAAACAAUUCCUGAGUUCUCUUUGAAGAUGUUAAAUUCUUCUGUAAAUAUUAUAUUACAGUGAUGUCCUCAAAUGUCAUGCUUUUUAUUAUAGUUUAUGGACUAAAAUAACAAAUAUUGUAUUAUUUUGUAUUUAUAACUAUUAUUGUUACAUAAUAAAUAACCAAAUUAAACAGGCAAUAACUUCUGUUUUUAUGGACUAAAAUAAAAAUUAAUAUUUUGUAUGUACGACUAUUAAAUUUACUGAAUAAAGAACCCAAAUUAAAUAGGCAACAAUGUGUGUGUUAUGGACUGAAAUAAAAAUAUGUUAUUUUGUAUUUAUGACUAUUAAAUUCAGAGAGUAAAGAAGCCAAUUGAACAGGCAAUAACUUGUGUGUUCCCAGAUUCUGAGACAGAUCUUGCAUAUUUAAACUGAGCUGCAGUAUCAUGUAAGUUUUCAAUAUUUGAGAAUGUGUAAUAGAUUGUGUGGCUUACAAUUAUUCCUGUGAAACCAUUCUUCAAAUAAUAAAUUUUUAAAAAGCUGAAAAAGAAAAGAAAAAACCCACCCUAAAGUAUAAUAAUAAUUAUUAUAAUUUUGAAAAAUAAUAAUAAUAAAUAAGACAUAAUUAUACCACAGCAUCAAACAAAAUUUGACUUGAAUAAUUUAAAAUGUACCGCCUCUCAAUAGUCCUAUUACUGAAAGUUGAAAUAAUUUGUUGUUGGUUACCAGUAAAAUAUCUGAGAAACUGGUUAUUGUAAAUAUAUUGGUUUCAAACCACACAUGUGAAACUUUAUCUUUGUAGUAAAAUAAAAUAAAUUACAAAUAUAUAUGACCAUUUGUAAACAGGGUUGAAAAUUAACAUGAAAACCAUGGUCGCCAGCAGGGCCAUUUGAAGAAAAAUCUUACUGGCCCUUCUCAAAUUCAGCAUGCCCUGCAAUAGUCUGUUUGGGUCGAAAGGAAAACGAUGAAUUGGCUUGUAACAUGAAACAUAUUAAGUUUUAAACCCAUACCAACCCAAAUAAAAAAAAAUUCAAAAAGAAAUCCAUUAUAAAUAAAAAGGUUUCUUUACAAAUUACAAUUAAAUGAUACAGAUUAAAUAUAAUUUUUAAUAUGAGUAAAGAAAAAUGCUAGAACAGCCAAUUUAUGCAGCUUGACGUGCAUUUUCUCUGAAGUAAUCGAUAAUGCAGUGUAAAGAGACUAAAACCUUAAAAGGUAGUACUUCCGCGUGUUUUAGUAAAUUGUUCUGCGAGUGGCAAUCCUCUUUAUGGUGAUGCAAGAUGGAUGAACUCUCCAGUAAAGAAUUUUCUGGGAGUGGCUGUCCUCCUAUAGACAAGGCACUAGAUAAAGAUUGAUGGAAUCCUCCACUAUUUUCCCAAAUACCCAUUCGACUGCAUUGUGCAGAGAUACGGCCUGAUCUCGUAUUACGGUUUUGUCAUUCAGAUUUACCUUGGAUGUUCCAUCAAGAUUUAACCCUUGCAGUUUUAUAAAUAUAUUUUUUUUAUUUACACUGAACUUCCACAAAAACGUUAUUUCAGAUGGUAUGGGUUUACAAUUUAAUAAAUUACUACGUUUUUAUAUGAAUUUUAUAUUUGCAUGCCAGUUACUAUUAAUUGACUUUUGGAAUAAUCCCUGUAAUAAUGGGAAAAUGUCAUUGUUAGUGUGAAUUAAAAACUUAGAUAAAUUUUGAUUUUGUCCCAGAAUAAGCUAAUUAAAUAGGAUUAAUUUGUACCAUAAUAUUUAAUAAUGUCAAAACAUAGGUCUACUAGAUAAUUAUGGCGUAUCCAGUCCAUUCCAAUAUGCCGAUGACUUUUGAAAAAACAAUUUAAGUGUCUACAAUAUGUAGAGCUAUAUUUGUUUUCAGCCCUAGACCAAAAUCUUACAAACUGAGACGGAGUCUGGUCAGUCUGGUGCUGUCAAAAUAUAGAACAUGUUCAAUAAUGUCAUCUCCUGCCAGAAUUGCAGUUCACGCCAGCAGAGAACAGCCAAAGCGUCUUUUGUCGCAUUGGUCAUUCGAUUCAGUCCCACUCUUAAAAUCGAUGGUCGCCCAACGGAUUAUCUUUGUAAAAUUCUUCGUCGCCCUUGGCCAGUAAUGGUCAUCACGGGCGACUGCUAAUUUUCAACCCUGUUUGUAAAUCAAUUGUAAAUGAGUAACACCCUAUAAUAUAUACCUCAUACCAGCAAAACAAAUUGACCAAAAACAAAAAUAUAUAUAUAUAUUUUUGGCUGGUACAAGAUAAUUAUUAUCGUCAUUUGUUUUGGUAGUGAGUAUAGUAGAAUACUGAUGGCUGAUACAAAAUAUUUAGUUUUUUGAUUGAUUGAAACAUAUUUUAUUGCACUUUAAAAGAACAAAUGGAUUAGGCUCAAGUUAUGCAACGUACUAGACCUUUUCCAUAAUACAUACAUGUUACGACAGUGAUCUAUUUUUUUUGCAAUUUAAAUAUGAACAGAAAUAAAUAUAAUUGAACAGAAAUAAUAUAAAUAUUUAGUUAAACAUUCAUAACAGAACUGAGAAGGUAAGUUGAGAAUAUAAACAAAGGAUGCUCAUUACUUUUGUAAUUGAAUCCUGAACAUAUAGGGGACAGUGGGGGUAAAUAUUUUACAUUCUAUCAAAACAUUGUCUUCUCUCCUACAUAUUCGGGUAUGAUUUUGCAGAUUUUUAAGAUCUGGUUUUAGCUGCCCCCAUUUUUAUUUUUAUUUUUUUCUUGUAACUAUUUUUUUGUCUCGUUUUUUUUUCUUUCUUUAAAAAAAACAAAUUGGGGCCAUAAAUUAGAUUCUUAAAGUAGAAGACCGUAUUUGAUCUGAAAUUCGGAGGAGAAUUCACUAUUUAAAUAUAGUGUAUGGUUUUUAACUCUCUUUUUUUUUUUUUUGUAAAAAAAAAUUUAUGGAUAAGUUCAUCAUUUAUUAAUAGAUGGUUAUCUCGUCCCAGUACACUAUAUAAAAACAACCCUUUUGGUCAACUGAUUUAUCGGUUAUUUCUCCUUUUGUAAGUCUUUUUUGCUGGUCUUAUAUAUUGUGGUAUAACUAAAUUGUGUAUAUAUUGGUGUUCAGUACCUGGAUUAUGUCUGUGUGUGUGUCAUAAGUUUGUGUUCUGUACUGGAAGUACAUUGUAUGUGUGUGUGUGAUGUAAACUUAUUUCCAGUACAUCAUGUGUCUGUUUAGGUGAACAGAUGCAUUAAUUACAUUAGUCUCAAUAUUUUUAACACCAAAUAAUUGUCAAAUUGAACUUUGUAUUAACAAAUAAAAUAUGAAGUGUA